UUGUAAUUGUAAGAAAACAAACUGGGUUUCUAUUUCCUUGCCUGAAAAUGAAUCCUUUUUGUUCAUUUUUAUUUUUUAUUUUACUAAUCAUAUUAAAUAAGGUUUACAGUGAUGUAUUUGAGUUUGUGUUUUUGUGUGUGUUUUAAUAUUCUUGUGUUUAUAUUUUGUACAGUUUUCUGUGUAGCUGAUUGUCUUAAAAUUUCCGACUUUGUUAGGUUUAAAAUUUGGUAUUUUUCAUUAUUGCUUGUUCUUUUUCUGUGCUUGUUUGCUUGUGCUUUCAUUUUGUCAUAGGAAAAUAAUAAACAUUUCUUUCUGGGUCUCUUGGAGUUUGAACAUUCGUUGCUUUAUUUAUUCACACAAUUCACAAUGGCAAAAUGAAGUUGUGGUUCCAUUUCAUUGGUUUUUCUCCACCUUGGCAUGUCAAGUUCCAUACAUGACUCCAAAGACAACAGUUUGGUAAACCAUGAAUAGCAAUGUUCCAGGUUGGGAUUUUGAGAGUGAUACUUGUCUCACCAACCAAAAGAAGCUCAUAGGGCUGGACCAAGAAUUUGUAGAGCUCCUAUGGCAAAAUGGACAGGUAGUUAUGCACAGCCAGACACAUAGGAAACCAGUUGGGAAUUCAUCUAACUUGAGACAGGUUCAGAAAAGUGAUCAAUCAACAUUAACUAGUGGGACAUGUGGGAACUCGAGUAACUUGACUCAAGAUGAGACAUACCCAUGGAUCCACUACCCACUUGAGGACCCAUUGGAGCAACAAUUCUAUUCAAACCUUUCAUCUGAACUACCAUCCUGUGAAGUUGAGACUUUCAAGCCAAUUGGACAAUUGGAAGGAGCAAAGUUUGACAAAUUUGUUGCCUCUAGUGCCCCCCAUGCAACUUCAAGUUCACGACCACCUAAUAUGAAACCCUCCUAUGUUCAGGGAUUCCGAGGGAAUCCUAUACCUGAUCCAAGGUUUCAUGUUCCUGAUUCAUCUCAGAAAAUCAACGACUUUGGAGGAUCAAGAAAGGUGCUAAAUUUUUCUCACUUUUCAGCACCCCGUUAUGUUUCUUCAUCAUGUGGUGGUGCACAGUUUAGAGAAAAUGUUACUUCUAAUGUGUCACAAAGUGAGGCCAGAGAGUACUCAGUGAUGACAAUCGGUUCAAGUCACUGUGGCAGCAAUCACAUCCCUCAGGACCAAGAUGUAAGCAGGAUAUCAAGCAAUGGAAUUUGGGCAACUACUACUACUACUGCUACUACUAUAUCUCAUGAGCCUGAAGCUGUCAGAGAUUGUAUCCAAAGAACAGUUCCUAGGAGUGAUCAAGGAAAAUCAGAGAAGAUUGAACCAACUGUGACUUCAUCUUCUGGUGGUUCAGGUGGUACUAGUAUUGAAAGAACUUGUUCCCUAUCAUCAACAAGAAACCAAGGCCAAAAGAGAAAAGACCCAGAUGUUGAAGCACAAGAGGAACAAAGUGAGGCCACAGAACUUAAAUCAGGUGAUAGAAACAAAGCAUCUCAGCGGAUAGGGUCUUCCAUAAGAAACCGAGCAGCUGAAGUGCAUAAUCUAUCAGAAAGGAGGAGAAGAGAUAGGAUCAAUGAGAAGAUGAGGGCAUUGCAGCAACUCAUACCUAACAGUAACAAGACAGACAAAGCAUCAAUGUUAGAAGAGGCAAUAGAGUACUUGAAAUCACUUCAGUUACAGCUUCAGGUAAUGUGGAUGGGAGCUGGCAUGAGCCCAGUGAUGUUUCCAGGAAUUCAGCAUUAUAUGUCACAAAUGAAUAUGGGAAUGGCUGCACCUUCUUUGCCUUCAAUUCACAAUCCAAUGCAAUUACCAAAAGUCCCAAAUGAUCAAUCCAUGUCUAUGACUCAGAUACCAAACCAGACUUUGAUGUGCCAAAAUCCAGUUUUGGGUGCUUUUAGUUACCAAAAUCUGAUGCAAAACCCUUACCUUUCAGAGCAAUAUGCACGUUACAUGGGUUAUCAUCUUAUGCAAAGUGCCUCCCAGCCAAUGAAUGUGUUUAGAUAUGGUUCCCAGGCAGUGCAACAUAGUCAAACAAUUAUUGCACCCAGCAAUAAUAAUAAUGGACCCAUGAAUGGAACAGCUAAUAUUGAUGAUGCGGUUAGUGGCAAAACUGGUUCUUGCACCUUUAACUGAAUAGCAAUACCUGAUACAAUACUAAAUUGGAGGGUUUGGGUGAUGGAGUCAAUCCUACAAGCACCAUGAUAUGCUCCAAUUUAUGUAGUUUUGGAGAUCAUGCAAUUUAUAUCCAAUUUAAAGUUUGUUGUUUAACUUUGAGAAGUUGUAGUAGACAUGUCGCUGAUUGUGGGCCAGACUUGUUCUGAGCUCCAAGAACCCAUCAGGUUCAGCAUUUUGUAUUGUUUGUAGAUCAGGGAAAGUAGUAAAUAAAGAUAACGUGCUAAUUUGUUAUUCUGUCUCAACUCAUAAUAACAGUUAUUCUUGCAUU